UCGCUCGCUCUCCCAGCAAUAGUACCCAUUUUUCCGCGGCACAUCCCCUCCUCCCAGUACCCUCGUCAGACGAUACUUCACCCGAUCACACCAUAUUGGAAUAUGGGUUUAUAGAUCCAGGACUUUGGAAAUCCUCGGAAACACCUUCAUCUGCUCAAAUCAGACGUAGAUCCAUCCAUCCGUCCAUCCGUCAAUCAUCUGAUCCUUCAUUCCUUCAUUCCAAACACUGGCCUGCAACAUCAAUCAAUCCGCACGACCGAUGGAUUCCACAUUCUCUCUUUGAUCCGUCAGCCCUCCUAGCGUCAUACACUUGACUUCCCUUUGAUCUCAGAGGACAAGAAAGAGGUGACGCGUAACAAAGGGACGGAACGGAUCCUUGAUCGCUGCCCGCAUGGACGCCAUUGUCACUCAUCUCACAUUAUGUCUAUAGAUCACCCAGUCAUCGCGACGAUGGACGCCGCGGGGAAUGCAACAGCAGCAGCAGUAGAAGGAGGAGAUGGUGGUGGAGGUGGUGGCUUGAAGUCUGUCGAUCCAUUGGACACUACAGACGUGGAUGGAGAGUCCAGCGAGAUGGGAAGGAGAAGGUUCAUGGGUGCAUCAGGACUAGGAUACGACCCGUCUGGCGAUCAAUUCCCCGCAGCCGUUUCCGAUACGAGAUUAGACCAGAGCAUCAGAAGACGAAGUGGUCAAGAACCAUGGUCACCUCCUUCUCCUUCCUCAGCGCCCGCGACACCUCGCAUCACUUCCGUGACCCAUCCGUCGGAAUACAUCCACACGCAACAUCCACGUCGGACAUCCCUCACACCGCUGGGUCUUCACGUCAUCUCCCCCGUCGCACCAGGCUCACCGAGAGUCUUGACUCAUACCAAUCUACCUGCCCCGCCAAUCCGUACCAAGGGUUUCAGCCCCUCUCUCCCUCCCAAUCAUCCCAUCAGUCCCAUUGAGAUUGAGCCAAGGCGUGGUUCAGCCACGAGCUCAAAUUCUACCCUCACCCAAUCGCGUCCCAUACAUGGCAUCUCACCCUCUUCGUCAUUCUACGCCUCUCGGGCACCUCCCGCAUUCGGUCAGAGCUCUUCUUCACGUCAACCUCAACCACUCUUUAUCGUCGACAGGCGCCGAUCUUCCCUCACCCCUUCAAACCCUUCACUCGCUCCUCCAUCUCCGACCAAACAUUACGCCUCCGGUCAAACCUCUCGACCCACCACGAGUGACGGAAAUCCGCGCGUACAUCUUCGUCACCGCACGUCAGAUGGCCAGCAGUCUAUAGUCACGCUCAACGGCACGCGCGUUAUGCCAGAUUACACGCGACGAGGAUCGAUGCCUCAGUUAGACUUUGACGGAUGGAACAGAUCAAAAACAUUCAACCCCGUUCUCAUCCCACCGCGAGGCAGCGUCGAUAAUGACGAUGCUCCCCCAAAAUUGAGCCCUUCGUUGCCCACAGAGGGAUUCAAAUUUGGCUCCAUUGGACCAUCUCCUACCAACGUCAAUGUCGACUUGCCUCCCUCUCGCCCCGUCUCUGUCGUAUCGACUCGCUCUCAGAAGGAGAACCUGGACGUCUUCCAGCAGGCUGAAGUUGCAGAAGCUGAGAGACAGCGUAAACUGUUCUACGAUGCAACGUACGGCGAAGACGGCCGCAGAGCCAGGCAACGUCUCAGUAUAGGCUCAGCUCAUGGCAUCAGCUCUCAAAUGGGGAAAUCCAGUUCAGCCAACGCUGCUGGAAGUAUUCAUCUCCGUCGAGCCAGUUUGGUCUUGUGGGAGAAAAUGCAAGCUGCCAAUCGGGCCAUGGAGAUGCGAUCGGACAUUGGACCUGGGAUCGUAACCUACCUAGCGCCAGAUUCGUCGUCCAGUCAGGUGGAUCUGCCUGAUGGUCGUCGGGGAAGUCUACCCGUAGAUAUCCCCGGUGGAAUGAUACGGCGAGCUUCGCAGUUGUCAGCUAGUCCCGGAGAAGGCCAAUUUGACGACAUGGAAGAGGAGGAACCGGAUCUGGAAAAUAUGUCGCGAAGAAAUACGCUGCGAGCUCCUGUACGCCCCUUGCCUCCACUUCUACCGCUCUCCGAUCCUGGUCCUCGAUUAUUGCCCUCCACCCUCGCAUUGCACCGCGCCAAUCACCUCUUGACCUCUCGGAACCUCCAAGCUGAGCCUUUACCUCAUCCUCUACCUCCUUCACUACAUCCCCCAGCACCCGUCGACAUUGCCGAAUUUGAUAUCGAUUUCAUCCUCGCUGGAUCCUCCGCACAGAUGGGAGCAGAUAUUGGGGAAAAGGCCAAAAAGGAUGUCUCUGCCGAUUUCAAGCGAUCUGGUCCCAAGGCUCCACCGACACUAGACCUCGCUCGAGGCGAGGGUGAUGAUACUUUCGCUAAAUUCGUUGGUGAAUUCGAUGACGAAUAUGGCGGGCGAAGGGGGAGAUGGACGUUUAGAGCUGUCCCUGGAGCCCACAGCUCGUCGGCCCUUCAGCGCUCAGGCUCGGCUCAAUCCAGUGCCUCUGGAUCGUCCGAUCACGACCCAUUAGAGAGCUCGCUUCGUUCUGUAUGGGACUGCGACGGCGCUGGCAAGUACGAGCUCUACGCGUCCGGCGAGAUUCGAUCCAACCAGACGAGUAGCGUGUGGCAAGUCCGAAAGGCUGGUCCUAGGGAAUACGAAUUGACCCGACCAUCGACUCAUCCGUUGGCUCAAUACGUCUUGACGUCUCGAUCGGCUCACUGUGAUGAGGGCGGACUCAAGCAAUCACACGUUCGAUCUCCCAGGCAAAUUCAGAAAAAGUUGUCCGAUGUCGCUGAGUAUGACGAGUUUCGACGCAAGAGUCGCAUGGAUAGCUCUGAUUCCACUACAACGCCGAAAGCGUCCUUCAUCUCUGCUUCGCUCCCCCUUUCGGUCGGUACUUUGGCAGGGUUCGGAUCGCCCAAGAAGAAGCGAUCGAUCAACGACGAAAAAACCGAGGUGACAGGAUCUACCCCUGCUUCCGUGCCUCGACGAAGCACAAGUCGAGAACGCAGACCCAGUGAGAGUCGCGAGAAGGGAUCCAAGUCGAUUGGAGGCAAGAUCAGACGUGCCAUCAAGGCUACAGUCUCCAGCGUGGGCAAUGAUGAGCGUAAGGCUCAGCGUGAUGAGAAGGAGCGGGAGAAGAAGCAGAGCGCAAGUUGGUCUCCUGGACGUCAUCGCCCCGCUGGACCUAUCCAUUCACACUCUCAUUCGCAUUCUCAUCCUGCCACAGGAGCUUCCAGUCAUUCGGCGACGGGGAUUCCUGGGUCCAGUCGGUCGACUCCCCUACGCACUGUCGCCGACAUCUCGCCCAUGACCUCGCCACUUGCCGGAAUGGCGUUUUCAGUUGGUCAACAUCGACAGACGGUACCUGACUUGGAGACUCUGGCCGGGACAUCACCUACCAGUUCGAAUCGGGAGAGUCAUUCGGCGCAUUCACACUCUGGUUUAAGCGCUUCUACCUCGCCUGCUUUCGAGUCUCUGACAUUGGACGACGUGCGUGGCUCGCACGCCAUGGGUCAAGCUUGGACCAGCGUGCCGGACGAGGCUGUCGCCAUGGUUAUACCAGUCGAGACGAAACCAUAUGAGAAUCAGCCCAGUCAUGCGAGGGCCGGUGCAAGGUCUGCGUUACUGGUCUGGUACGUGCCGUUCAAUUCGGAAAACGAGGAUGUAACUCGACCAACGACUGCAAAUUCGUCACUGUCCUCGCAUUCGAAUCACGCAUCGGAGACUACGCCUCGCGCGGACAAGAGCGAAUCGGGUCACACGAAGACGACCACGAGUAUUCCCAAGUUUCAGAAAUUGCUCAAGCGGCGUACGUCCCGGGACCAGUCUGCUUUCCGAAAGGAGAAAGACAAAGAUAAGGACGCAUGGCCUGGAACACUGGAGCCUGAUGGCAAGCCUUCUCACUCCCAUCCUGCAGAUACACUUCAUCCUCUGCCCUUCAAGAGCUAUCGAGUGGUCGCCCGUGUCAUUGAUCUGGACGAAUUGAGGUCUCGAUCAGACGUCCUGUCUUCGACCGAUCAUUCUUCCUUCUCUACUCGAUCCACUCAUUCCAGUCUGCCCUCCCCCUUGGAAUCUACGGAUCACAGUCCUUUCCCCACGACUCCAUUCUCGAAAGCCUCCCUCGUCCUCCAUGUCGAUCCAGCAACUCUAUCUCCAGGAUCUACUGCGCCCUCUGGAUUCUUCGGUAUCACAGCACCGCCUCCAUCCGUCAUGCCUCCGAAAUCGACCGCCAGCAGCGGGAUAGUGUCCGAUCCAUUGGGCGGGGCAUUGUCCAUGCUUGAAGGACGUAACUUCCCUACUGUCCUUGCAGUCUGUCAUUCUAGAUCAUCCGGAGUCGAAUUCGUCCUGGAAGGUCUGGACAGAUUGGGAUUAUGUCAUGGUCCUAGUGCGUGGGGACCAACAGGGUACGAAGAGUGGCGUGGAGUCGGCUUGAGUGAAAGUGGGAGGGAAAUGUUGGACCUAUUGUGGGCCGGAUGUGUCUGCGUCAUGGGAUUGGUGUAGGGGCGAGCGAGCGCGGCGAGCGUAACAGAGG